CUUGUCAGUAAAGAGAAGAGCCUUUGGGGCGUCCUUCUCGUCAUCCAAGAACUUAUCCAGGGUCUUGUCCUCAACCUUGACAACGUGGUUGUUCAUGGCUUGCACCACAGCCUCGACAAUACCGCUUGCUGUUCUUUGGCCAUUGUAGUCUUGCACCAUCGGCUUGCCACCUCCCUUCUUUGGCCUGACAAUCUUGAGCGUUGGGAAGCCCUGCACGCCCAUCUGACCGCAGAAUUGCUUGUUGGCAUCAUCAUCGCAGUCCACCGCGGCUACCUUGGCGAUCCCAGCCAGGUUCUUGGCAGCCUUUUCGUAGGCUGGCUGAAGGUUCUUGCAAUGGCCGCACCAUGGGGCAUAGAAUUCGACAAUCUUGAGCGGAGGAAGUUAGCUGGAGAAAGCUCCAAGUGUUCGUCUGCCAAGCUACAAGGUUCAAUAUCACUUACAGAGGUAUGGUUGCUCUUAGCAAUCAGUCUGUCAUAGCUCUUCGCAUCCACCUGCAAGACAGGAGACUUCUUGGAGUAGAGACCAGCCUGAGCUCCUGGAAGCGCAGACAGCAGGGCAACUGCCACGGCACAGAGUGUGGGGUGAUGCAUGAUGCCUGCUCUACCACGGCGGCUUGCUUGUUGCAGGUGUUCUGCUCCUGUGGAUAGCGAGAGUGGAAGAUGGAUGGGCUAAUAGACGUAGUAUAAAUAUAGACGGUGUGGAGUUUGUUAUCAAGUGGACACAAAGGAGAAGCAAGAGAAGACACUGGGCGGCAAAGAAAAGAGAACUAGUUCACCGGCCUUGCUCCCUGGGAUGUCUUCACCGGGCAUAUAUGAUUAGACGAUACACAGCACGAAGGUGAGUUCACUGCCUAAAUAAAAGCUGGCAUCUUUCCAUGUUUAGCAAAAGAACACAUUUCCAAUGCUGUGACGCCGGUGCCACCUGCGAUUGAUGGAGAAUCGACCAGAAGCAAGAGCAUGGACCAUCUCGUGGCUUUAGCUCCCUGCCCAUGUGCCCCUCGGCCUGGACAGCGGAAUGUGGGGUAGACUUGGCAGCCAGGUGCUCCAACAUCGAGGAGCAACUGGCGCUGGAGCUGACGACUUCCAACCAGGCAGACAGAUCUAGGAGCGACAAACAGGAUUAGGGAUAUUGCUAGAUAUUUUCUCACUGCCAAACUCUCAGUCAACAACUUCUCUGCCUCACGUUUGCGAUAGUGCCUACCUGCCUACCUACCCACGAUGGACGCCAUUCCCGCGGCCAUCAAACAGGCCGAUAUCAACCUCUGGAAAUGCGCCGCCAAAGCUGUGCAGCUCCAAAAUGUGAAGCCCAUCAUCGCGUAUUGGUGUGAAUACUGGGUGGUCAGACAAAUUCUGGCGAAACAACUGCAUCUUGCCGAUGAAGAGACUCUCAACUAUACAACCACCUUGAUGGACAAGCUGGAAGAGACUAAGCAGGCAUAUGCCCACGAGGAAGCUAUCAUGGACGAUGCCGCCAGCCAAGCCUAUGUCGAACAAUUCGCCCAAGAAACCCUCGACCGUGCCGAGAGAGUGGUCAAGGCCAACAAAGUUACCCAACAAACAGCGACGACGUUUGACGCAGCUGCUACCUUCUUUCACCUUGUUAAUAUCUGGGGGACUCCGGAUGCAGAGACACAGCAAAAGAUCAAAUAUGCCAAGUGGAACGCCGCGCGGAUUGUCAAGGCGAUCAAGGAAGGCAAGGACCCAAAUGAGUCCAACCCAAAGCUGGAGGAACUCGAACAACCCGCUCCCCCACCCUUGGACCACGAUGAUCCGGAAGUUCAGGGUCUGACGGACACGUCAUACGGCGCCGGGCCAAGAUCAGUGACAGUGGAGGAUGUUCCCGACGUGGAUCUGCGUAGAGAUGCUGCCGGCGUAUCGUUACCUCAGAGCCCUGUUUCUGCCGGACCACCAUCAGCGUGGGGGGAUGAGCUCAAGUUACCAGGAGUGCCAACACAGCUCAAUGAUCCUGCGCCCAGAUCGCCUUCUAUUCCGUCACCAAUCUCUCCACCGUCGCAUAAUCCAGCCAACUACCAAGGAGCCCCUGAUCUCCCAUCACCAGUUACCGGACCGACUUGGACGCAGUCGCAGCCUAGUCCAUUGGACACGCCUCCUCCCGUAUCAUGGUCACAACCCCCGACUCAACCACCUCCCACCACCGGGUGGACGCCAUCUCCUGCGGCUCAACAACAGCCCUACGCCCCACCAUCAGCGCCUCCAACCUUUGCUAUGAACAACCCGUCGACAGCUGCAGUGGCUUCCCCGCCCGUCAGCCCUCCUACAAAUCCUUAUUACAUGAACAUGACACCAACAGCUCAUACCACACAUCCACCUGUGCCCGCCGCGUACGCACCUGCUCAAAGUGGCCUCGUGGACGAAGCUGCCAUGGUUGGGGCUCAAAAGCAUGCCAAAUGGGCUAUAUCUGCGCUGAACUUUGAGGAUGUGCCGACAGCGGUGAAAGAGCUGCGGAGGGCAUUGGAGCUUCUUGGUGCGACAUAG